CUGGUUGUUCAUGCCUACAGCUCUCCAUCUCCAGAUAAUUGUAAAACCCUACGAGAAGGACACUGACAGUACAAAAUCUGACACUCACACUCCUUUCAAACCCUGACUUGACUCAAUCUGCUCACACAGAGAGCAGGAACUCCUUUCAGCUGAGGCUCAGUGUGUGCGUGUGUGGGAGGGACUAACUGAGAGCACAGAGCUGCUCCACAGCACCACUGUGUGUGUGCGUGUGUGUGUGUGGGAAUAGAACAUAAGCUAUCCAACGCAUUUUAACGCAUGAGUCUUUGUUUCAAAAUAAAAUCUGUCAAUGUCAUAUUCUCUGAUGCAGCCAUGAAGAGGAGAAGGCGGCGGUGGAUGCUGGAGUAGCGCGGGAUGCUGUGGAGUGAAAACAUCGUGGGUGGAAGGCACCGAGUGAACCGGCGGGCGGCGAUAAUCGAAUGGCUUCUACCGAGCUGCUUCCCGCAGAUAAGGAGGGCAAACACUCUGAUCCUCCCGACGUCCUUGACCGAGUUUCCAGCGCACUGCAUGGCCGCAAGUCGGGCGGAUCAACAGUAGGAGCGCUCCCCGGGGAGGCUGCCUGUAACUCGGCCCGCAGCUGCAAUGGCCGGUGCCUUUCAGCACCAAGGACGGCGCCGCGCAAGGGCGGCGCGGAGCUUACACUCGGCCACCUCGGCGACGAGAAAGUCCGAGUUUGCUGCGACCAGGAAUUAGAGACAUCGUUCACCUGCAUUGAUGAAAAUGUCAACCUGCGACUCGCCAGCCCGGAGACGAGUUGCAGAAGUGCUCACAGACCCGUGCGCAACGGCGAGCCUUGCUCCGAGACGUUGCCGGACUUCUCCUUCAUGUCUGAGGACGAUCUCUCCUUCGGGGAGGGCUCGGGAAGUUCUACAGACUAUGGCUUUAUCAGUGCAGUCACGUUCUUGGUGACUGGGAUCUCACUGGUGAUCAUCUCCUACGCAGUGCCUCGGGAUGUAGUGGUGGACCGCGACAGUGUGUCAGCGAGGGAGAUGGAGAGACUGGAGAUGGAGAGCGCCCGGAUAGGUGCCCACUUGGACCGGUGCGUCAUAGCGGGACUGUGCCUACUCACGCUGGGCGGCGUCGUGCUCUCCACGCUUUUAAUGAUCUCCAUGUGGAAGGGAGAAAUGUACAGGAGGAGAGUCAUAGCAUAUUCUAAGCGCUCUGCCAAACAGUAUGGCUCCAUCAGCCUGAAAACCAGGUCCAGUCCCAGCCACUCCUCUGCACACUUGUCCCUGCAGGAGGAGGACAUGGAGGAAACUUUGACUUAAAACGCUGCUCUUCCUAGUAAAAACUGCUUUGCAUAUAUAAACACGUGUGUGUAUAACUGAGUAACUAAUGGCAUUCACACACAAACAUGAGAGUCAAGAUACAAGAACAUCUUUCUCUUGUUCAGUUAUGUCUCCAUUGGCAGGUUGAAUGGACAAGGAAAGUGAUCAAUAGUAACAAAAUAUGAAGCCAAAUUGUUUCCAUAUAAUUCAAAGUGGCACCACACCAUAAAACACCAUUAUGAGCUUUGGGUCACAAACCAUUUUGUGUUUUUGUAAGGAUGCCAUUUCCGAGAACCUUCAUUUAUUAUUAAGGCUAUUCAUAUUUAAUGCAAAUCUUUCCAACAGCAAAAUCAUGCACAGACACAUUUCAGGAAGCCAGGGACGCUUGUGUCCCCUGGGCAGGAAAGUGGGUGUAUGGAGGGUGUAAAAUAGGAAUGGCUGACUGAGGCUAUAGCUGUCCCUGUCCUCUGUGAAGUGGGAGAAUCAGCUCAGUGGUCCUUGAGGUGAUAUCCAGUGACUGUCCCUCUCUGGUGCAGUGCUGAGGCAAGCCAGUUAUCCUGGCGUCGUGCAUCUGAGCCAAAGCUCCAUGUUGGUUUGAUUGUACUGAGCAAUGCCUACACAGGACAGUGCUGACAUGCACAGUGUGACCUCCUUGCCUCAGCUGCUUUUCCUAUAUCCCCUUUUUGCAAUGUGUGCAUGGACAACACCAGUCACAUAGCAUAUGUGGGGUUCUCGUAUAGUACCGUCUUAUGUGCAGGUGUUAGUGUGGCCAUAACACAUUGGACGGCAUGUCUUUACUUCCUCACACUGUUCAAAAUGGAGCUAAAAUAUCCUGCAUAUUGAUGCUGCCAUCGGGUGCUGGUGAUCCCCUGGAGUUGUAGUGUAGUUGGAGAGUAGAGCCAUGUUGACAACACUAGGAUAAUGCCAUCAUUAUAUCUUAGCUGUCGACUCAACCUGUUUUUAUAGCUUCAAAUAACGGCUCAAAUCCAAAGUUAUCUGAAACACAAAAGUGUUGGAAGUAUACUUAAACGUGGAGAAGGGUAGGAUUUAUGAUCUAUACUGAAUCCACUAAGAUGCUCUGGCUUCUCUUUAGGGAAAUGCUGUGUUAAUCCAUCUUUAUACACAGUCAGUUCAGAAACGUCCACACAGAGCCUCUGAUAAUUGGGGUCACACAGACUGUCGCACACAUGCAGAUGUUUAAGUAAGAAGAAGUCCUGGACAACCACUGUCAAGUGCAUGUGACUCACAAAAAGUAUGACCUAUUUUCUCCAUGACACUGACCAGACAGGGAUGCUUUCAAUGCCAUUAAACACUGUAUCAACAUGUAAUUUAAUUUAUUAAAAAAUGACGGACUCAUUCGCUAGAGUCAGGCUGAAUUGGCUUUGCAGUUGUUGUUGUUGCAUCUUUCCGGAUUUAAUUGCUCAAAUCAGUUGAGUUGAAUGAAAUCUAAUUUAAGCAGUUGGCUGAAGUUUGAUUACAAUGCUAAGUGUUUACUUUGACUAAAAUGCAAUUAAAAUGUUUGUCCCACGAGCAUUAUUUGACUUACUGAGUAAAACUACAAAAGGGUGAAGUUGAUAAAAUGUGACAGAAAUACCAUGGAUAUAUAAAAGCAGGGAAAACCUAAUCACACAUGAGAGUUGCUUUACAUUAAAAACGUUAAGCCAGCAUUACUUGAAAAAGGAAAUUACCUCCUCAAAAUGAGAGGUAGUUCUUAAAUUGUUAGAUUUGGUGACACAAAACAAGCAAAUUCUUUUUCGUGGUUGAGGAAGAUUUUAGUUUCUGUCCAAUGUAAGUCAAGUGUGGGAGCAACUUUCUCUCUGAUGGUUAUCAACACAGUAAAAAAGGAUAAAUACCUCUGCAAAAUUCUACUCAAAAACAAGUUUCUGGGUAUAGGCUACACUGUAAGGCUCAUAAAUCAUGCAUGAACCAAUAGAAUGUUUCAUAUUUGUAUAUAAUUAUGCACACUGCCAAAUGCUGCAUUCCACAACACAUGUACUCAUGAUUCUUAUUCAGCGACAGUCGUCUUGCAGCCUGUAUGACCCCGGGGCUUUCAUUCAAAAUGACAUGAGUCAGCCUCACAUAAUGAGAUGCAUAGGCGGAUAACUCGUUGGUGAGCAGCUCCAGGCCACACCGUUGCCGUGCUCUCAUUCAGCUGCAUUGCUAUGCUGUCACUACAUGUGUUAGAAGUGUCACAUGCAGUCUGCAGAGACACAUACCGGGCUGUUUCAAGUAAAGCGGCGUUACCACAUCUUUUCAUUUUCUGUCUGUGACCAGAGAUGACAAGCAUGCCUACAUCCCUGAAAAACACCCAUUAGAUUUUGUGAUGGCAAUAAAAUCCCAAAUGAAGAGAUUUCCAGGAAAGGUAAUAAAAAAUGAAUGAUCCAAA